AAUCGAUAAACUGAUUCCUUAUGGUAUUUCCCAUUCAAAUUGCCUGCGAUCCCACUUUCAGCCAAACUUUUGCCAAUUUCAGCAGAUUUCGCUCGAAUGUGAUGUUAUUAUCACUUAUUUUGGUUUAAAGUAAAGCGCUUCAUCACUUAAUGAUCCGAAUUUAAUACCGAGCAACGCCGGGUUAUACUGCUACUCAAAUAUAUAUCAGUAAAGCCGUUAAUAUUUCAAGACAAGAGUUAGUUCCCCUUGUUAACUCUUCCUACUUUUGCUUCUUCCUCCUGUUUCUCACGCACCUUGAUUGUUUGAUCAGUUCCACUUGACAACUGAUAUUUAAGAGAAAAUCCAAUCAAAUAUAUACAAAUGAUUGGUAAUUAAGAGUCUAAAGAAACAGAUACGGCAUUUAUGAUUAUGUGGAGCCGAAAAAUAUGAAGUAACGUUCGUUGGAAAAAGGAAGAAAUUCUCUUGAAGCUGUCAGUGUCCGCUCUGACUCGUUGACUCUCUCUUUAUAUCAAUUACUAUAAAAUCACAUGAAAUAUUAUUGAAAAGUUGUUGAUCUGUACACCUUGAAGAAUUGAUUUAAUUUUACUUGAAGAGAUGUCGGAAGAAUUAGGAAUAUCAUCAUAUGACUGUGACAUCUUCAAAGAAUCAUUCUUAGAAGAAAGUAAAUUCAAUCAACACAAACAAAUUCAUUCAGGGGAACAACCAUAUACUUGUGAUAUCUGUGGUAAAUCAUUCUUAAAUGGCAGUCACUUAACUCGGCACAAACGUAUUCAUACAGGGGAGAAACCAUUUCCUUGUGAUAUAUGUGGUAAAUCUUUCACUGAAAACAGUGGCUUAACCAAACACAAACAUAUUCAUACAGGGGAGAAGCCAUAUCACUGUAGUAUCUGUAGUAAAUCUUUCUCUCACGACAGUCACUUAAUUCGAUACAUACGUAUUCACACAGGAGAGAAGCCUUAUCCCUGUGAUAUCUGUAGUAAAUCAUUUUCUGAUGACAGUAGCUUAAUUAAGCACAAACGUAUCCAUACAGGGGAGAAACCAUUUCCUUGUGAUAUAUGUGGUAAAUCUUUCACUGAAAAGAGUGGCUUAACUAAACACAAGCGUAUUCAUACAGGUGAGAAACCAUUUCACUCUGAUAUCUCUGGUGAAUCAUUCUCUCAUAGCUUAGAUAUUCACAAACAAAUCCAUACAGGAGACAAAGAAUACCACUGUGAUAUCUGUGCCAAAUCAUUCAGUCAGGCAGUUUACUUAACCAGACACAAGCAUAUUCAUAUAGGUGAGCAACCAUAUCGCUGUGAUAUCUGUGGCAAAUCAUUCAGUCAGACAGCUAACUUAACGACACACAAACGUGUUCAUACAGGUGAGCAACCAUAUCACUGCGAUAUCUGUGGCAAGUCGUUUUCUAAAAAGGGUAUCUUAAGUACACACAUACUUACUCAUACUGGGCUAAAACCAUAUCAUUGUGAUAUCUGCAGUAAAUCAUUCACACAAAAACAUCACUUAAUUAGACACAAGUUAUGCAAAGGACGCAAUUGUUGUAUAACAUUCCUUCAGAAGGACAAGCUUGUACCUCAGAAAAAUCUCUACACAUGAUUGAAACUAUAUUAUAAAGACAUCCACAGAAUAUAGAAACUAUAUGAAUGUGACAUCUAUAGUAAAUCUUUGACAUGAAAUCAUCCAUUAUUGAAUCAAAAGAGCAUUGACAGAGGAAGGAAAACAUAUCACUGUGAUGUUAAACCUGAAUCAUUCUUUCAAAAUGGUGAGUUGUUUGUACACAGUCCUAUUAAUAUGAAGAUAUAACUAACCUAAGCUAUUCAUGCUAAAUCAAUCUAUGAAAAUGGAUCAAUUAUUGAAAUGUAAAUGCAUUCAUACAGAAGAGGAACCACGAUGAUGAUGAUCCUCAUCAUUUAAAAUUCUCCUGUUCAUGCUUCUGUGGAUCAAAUAGAAUUCAUUGAUGGAGAUUUUCUACAUCUGGGUACCUUUCUUAUGACCAAUCUUCAUCUGUUCCCAAGCAAGGAAGUAUAUUCCCUGGUGAGACUUAUUUUACGCAGAGGACUGGAAAUGAACAACUGCACAAGUAUGACAGUCAUGAUAGCCAUUUACGGACAUCACAUAAUAUCUGGACAAGGGUACACUCACUUGUGCAUACUCACACACAUGUAUAUAUGUAUGUAUGAAGAAUUUCUUAUAGGAGAUAUUUUACAUGUUUUCUCAUUGUCUAAAAGUUUGUAAUUCCUAUUAGGUAAUGAAACACAUGUAAUGCUGAAUAAAUACUAUCAAACUGUUUUCCAGUCUCCUUAUGUGAUAUGUAAUUACUCUGCAAAAAAUAUUAUCCAAACCUCAGACAAAAAUAAUAUUUAUGUAUAUAUAUAA